GAAAUAUUUUCAUAUUCUUCAGAUAAGGUUAAAUAUGACUCUGAUAAAAGGGGCGAAAUUAAAAAAGUUUUUCCCGAGAAAUCGAAUGGAGAUCAAACGUACUCCAUCACCACAACUCUUGAAACUUCGAAUACAACUAUUGUCGAUCAAAAAGAUAUUACUGGCUAUGUGUGA